CAGCUGACAAAGAUGAGAAGCAGCAGAAAGACUGUCCCAGCACCUGCACUCAACCAAAAAUGGCCAGCAAAUACUACCAUGAACAAAAUGAGGAUAUGAGGAUAGUGAUUGUGGGGAAGACAGGAAUUGGGAAGAGUGCCACUGGAAACACCAUUCUGGGACGACAGUGCUUUGAAUCAAAGUUCAGUGCAAAGUCUAUGACUGUAGACUGUUCCAAGGGCAAAGCUGAGGUGGAUGGGCAACAGGUGGCUGUUAUCGACACCCCAGGCCUGUUUGACACCAGGUUUGGCAUGGAUAGAACAACUAAAGACAUAUGCCAGUGCAUCUCUUAUGCUGCUCCUGGACCCCAUGUGUUCCUGGUGGUCAUCCGGCUGGGCAGAUACACCGAAGAGGAAAAGCAGACAGUGCAAAGGAUUCAAGAAAUCUUUGGACAGGCUGCAGACAGAUACAGCAUGGUUCUCUUUACUCAUGGGGACCUUCUUGAAGACACAACUAUUGAAGACUUCUUGAUGGAAUCCUCAGACCUGCAAGAACUCGUGACCAGAUGUAAUGACCAGUACCAUGUCUUCAAUAAUAAGCUGAAGGAUCGCUCUCAGGUCACUGAGCUGCUCCAGAAGAUCAGAAAUUUAAACCAGAAGAACGGAGGAAGCCACUACACAAACGAGAUGUUCCAAGAGGCCGAGAGGGCAAUCGAAGAGGAGAAACAGCGCAUCCUGAAAGAGAAAGAAGAGCAAAUACGCAAAGAAAAAGAGGAAUUGGAGAGAAAACUUCAGGAAAAAUAUGAAAAACAGAUGAAGAAAAUGAAUGAACAACUUCAGGCUGAAAGAGAGAGGGAGAGGAAAGAGAGAGAGGAGGAGAGGAAGCGCUCCAUGUUGCACUUAAGCUCCACCAUACAGGCCAGCAGCCCCGGUGGGAUGACAGCGGUCACACCAUCUGUGCUUCGGAGAAGCGCGGUCACGCCAUCUACGCUUAAAAAUACUUUGCGCGUCUACACAAGGUUGCGUGGUCAAUGA